AUGCCUUCCCUGUGGGCGUCCGCCUUGAUAGCUUGGCACAUUUUCCUGGGUCACUUGGGCCAGAAGACAUAUCUUUGGUUGGAAUCACGGGGCAGUAGUCGCACUAAGCAGGCGUAUCCCGUUUUUGGCUCAAAAUUAACGUAUGAGUACCCGAUUCAUGACAUGGGCGGUGAUGUCCGGAUCUUCAUGCGACGAAAAAGAUGGCAGGCAGACCUGAACCCCGGACUCCAUGACAUGCAAGGCGCAAGAACCGCAAAGCUUCGAGUGUGCAAGGCAGCCAGCCCCUGGCACCUCUGGCUGUGCGAUUUGCAUUUACGAGACAAUUACAAUAGCAAUAUCGGCGGUUUGCAAUUCUGA